AGGGAAUCCCGCUGAGCUGAGCCGCAUUUUGAGCGCACUUAAUGUGGGAAAAUCGUCGUCACUUGUCAGUACACGCCCACCUCGAACAACCCCUGAUUCCCAUCAAAGUGUUAAAACCCAAUGAGCCCAUUGCCCACACAAUUGUUGCCAAUCUGGAGAUACUCUCAUCCCCAGAAGCGGAUUGCCCAUGCUAAUCGUCAGAUGCGUAAAACUCAAUGAACACUCAAGUGCCAGGGGUCCCAAAGCAGCUAAGAGGCUACUGAAAAAGAAAAAAAAACAAACAGCCAGACUACCAAGAUCGCGAACUCAUAAUCCUUUCAAUCCGAUCAUGAGAAACCGGGAUGGUAACCCUUUGUGGCAUUCAGGAUCCGACCUUUUGGAACCUACGCGUGCAGCCUCCGCAAAAAUUCCUUUGUGGACCAUUUAGUGAGUGCGGUUCUUCGGGUGUUUGGCCCAUUUGUGUCGGGGUUUGCCAUUCGCAACUCACAACUCGCAACUGAAACUCGACAAAUUAGGCCACUCAGCUUCCACGGACCAUUGUUCGCCUUUUAUCCUUUUUUCGGAUGCUUGUUUGCCCUUACUUCUUAAUGCUCAAGAUCAUAAUGUUUGCGUCGAAGGGUUGAUCUUGUUGAUCUCGUUUUUUACGUCGGAGAUCCCUCUACCUCUGAUAUGAUUUAUUUGUUUGUAUAUCUGCAGCGGACAGGGUUAUCUCGAUCUGGGACAGUCGAAUGCUGUUUAAGGACUGCCCUUUAUUUGGCUUGACUUUUGCACUCUCAUCUUUGGGAUGCUGCACGUGCCCAAAGAUUGCCAUA